CCUUUGUCAUACCUGCCAAAGAAAGCAGUCUACUUCUUUUCUCUCUGUUCAUAGCCCAACUCUCACCAUGGUGACGGGGCCAUCGUGGGGCUUAAAAUAAAAUUGUUGUUCUGGAGAACUUGAGGUUGCUUACAAGGGUGGUGGGCAAAGGCAUCCAGGAGCUAGAGACCCCAGGCUUCUCUGACUUGGCUUUCCCCACCUCUAUGGUCUGGACCAAUUCAAGCAUCACAGCUUCCUAUGCUGCCCGCCCCCUCGUUUGCCACAAUCAACUUCCUGCCCUGCCACAGGAAGUGGGGAGCAACACCAGGUGCAACGACAGCUAGUGGAACCAUGGACAAGGAGUACGUGGGUUUUGCAGCCCUCCCCAACCAGCUGCACCGCAAGUCUGUCAAGAAAGGGUUUGACUUCACACUCAUGGUGGCAGGUGAGUCAGGCCUGGGGAAAUCCACCCUCAUCAACAGUCUGUUCCUCACCAACCUCUAUGAGGACCGGCAGGUGCCAGAUGCCAGUGCUCGCUUGACACAAACGCUGAGCAUCGAGCGCCGGGGUGUUGAGAUUGAGGAGGGGGGUAUCAAGGUGAAGCUGACCUUGGUGGACACACCUGGCUUUGGGGACUCUGUGGACUGCUCAGAUUGCUGGCUGCCCGUGGUGCGCUUCAUUGAAGAACAAUUUGAGCAGUAUCUCAGGGACGAGAGUGGCCUGAACCGGAAGAACAUCCAGGAUUCUCGGGUUCACUGCUGCCUCUACUUCAUCUCACCCUUCGGCCGGGGGCUCCGGCCCCUAGAUGUGGCCUUCCUCCGGGCGGUGCACGAGAAAGUCAACAUCAUCCCAGUCAUUGGCAAAGCGGAUGCCCUGAUGCCUAAGGAAACCCAGGUUCUCAAGCAGAAGAUCCGGGACCAGUUGAAGGAGGAGGAGAUCAACAUCUACCAGUUCCCAGAAUGUGACUCUGAUGAGGAUGAAGACUUCAAGAGGCAGGACGCAGAGAUGAAGGGAAGCAUUCCUUUCGCAGUCGUCGGUUCAAGUGAGGUCGUGAAGGAUGGUGGGUCCCGACCAGUGAGAGGACGCAGCUAUUCCUGGGGUACUGUGGAAGUGGAGAACCCACAUCACUGCGAUUUCCUGAACUUGAGGCGGAUGUUGGUGCAGACACACCUGCACGACUUGAAAGAGGUGACACACGAUCUGCUCUACGAGGGCUACCGGGCUCGCUGCUUACAGAGCCUGGCCCGGCCUGGGGCCCGGGAUCGAGCCAGUCGCAGUAAGCUUUCCCGCCAGAGUGCCACAGAGAUUCCACUGCCCAUGCUGCCUCUGGCCGAGACUGAGAAGUUGAUCCGCGAGAAGGACGAAGAGGUGAGCAAGAACCUCGCUUCCCCUUCAAGCAACGCCCCAGGACCUCUUCGAGGUCUCUCUUUAGCCUCGCCCGGUCCCACGCCUGCACUUUUGCCCCGCACAGCUGCGCCGCAUGCAAGAGAUGCUGGAGAAGAUGCAGGCCCAGAUGCAGCAGAGCCAGGCUCAAGGCGAGCAGACGGACGCUCUCUGAGACCCCCCGCCAUGGCCCUGCCUUACCUCGGCUCCGCCUUAGUCCGCCUCUUGUCCAAUCCCCGGGCCCUGGAUUGCCCAGCCGGAGUCCCAGCCCGUAGGCCCGCCCUUGCACUUGCUUUGUGUGGGUUCUUCCACUAAGCCGUUUACCCCAUCCACGAGUUUGUAGCCCCGCCCCGACUCCCUUGGCCCCGCCCCAGCCUUCCCGACAAGGCCUUCAGCCCAGCCCCAGACCGUCCCUCUCUGCCUUGGGACGUCCCCUUCUUUAUUCAAGCUCCGUUUUCAAUAAAAACAGCUUCCCCCGAGGCCACGUGAAUCUUCUCUGCGG